AUGGCUUAUAGCAUGGGCUCUCCGUACAGCCCCUACUCCAUGGUAGGCAUGGAUAAACCAUUCAGUUCCCUUGGUGAGAAUUAUUAUGUGUCCGAACCAUACAGCCGUCCGCCUACCCCCGUAAUUGGUAACAUGUUUCACGGGAGCUUUCCGAGUUAUUACGCAGAUGAUGCGGAUGAUGAUGAUGAUUAUGAUGAUGGUGAUUAUUAUUUUUUUUGUAAUGGAGAAGAAGAUUUUCUUACGGAGGAAUCAUAUCUUGGUCAAAAUCCUAUACCAGACGAAAAUAAAACGGAGGAAGUAGAAAAUAAAACGGGGGAAGUAGAAAAUAAAACGGGGGAUGUAGAAAAUAAAACGGAGGAAGCAGAAAAUAAAACGGGCGAAGCAGAAAAUAAAACAGGGAACUUAGUCAGGAGGAAUAAUAAGUUGAAUUUCUAUCAAGCGGCUAUGGUCAUCGUUAUUUUGAUGCGAUGGGCUAGGAAUAACUCCACUAGACUAGUAAGAAAGCACGAGGCGAGGAUGAAACUAUUACGGUACCUGGACAAAAUGAACGAAAGAAUUAAAAAGGACGAUCUUAAGAUGGAAAAGAAAAGAAAAAAAAUGGAGGCAAAAAUAAAAAAGGAAGAAGAAGAUAUGGAGGUAAAAUGGAAAGAAAAAAGAGCAGCAAUCAGGCACAAAAUAGCCAAGAACCCAUCGAAAGACACUUUACCCGGUAUAGGCCCAUUCUACGACAGGGACAAAAGCCUUUUGGAGAAAAAGUUGGAUAUUAUAGAUUUGAAUUAUCAGAAGGAUAAAUAUAAUAAGAAGAAACGGUGGAAAGCUAUGAGGGAAGCUCAUCGUAAAGAGGUCAAUAAGCUACAAAAGAUACAAGACGAGAGGAAAAUGAGGAAGUGCGUACGAAUGUUUUGGUUUGAAAAGAGGUGGAAUUUUGGGCCCACCACAGUUAGAGCGUACUUAAAACCGAAACACAAAAAAGUCGAUGAAGAUAAAAUGUUAGAUAAGCUUAAAGAAAUAAGGGAAAUAGAAGAAAGGAAGUCGAUGAUUGAGGAAAAAAAAGCAGAAGUGGCAAGAGCGAUAGAAGCGGCGAGAAUGGCAGAAGAAGAAAAAAAAGCAGAAGCAGCAAGAAGAAUAGAAGCGGCAAAAGCAGCAGAAGCGGCAAGAAUAGCAAGAGUGGAAAAAAUCGCAGGACUGGUAGAAGCGGCAGAUAGAGCAGAAACGGCAAGAGCAGCACUAGGGGCAGCAGCGACAAAAGCGACAACAUCAGCUAGCGAAAAAAAAACAACAGAAGAAGAUGACGACGACGAUGUGUACUUUUAUUAUGUGAAUUCUGAUGAUGGAUAUAAUGAUGAUGAUGAUUUUGAUGAUUAUUACGACGACUAUGCUUCCAUGCACGGCUACUACGACCAGGAUGAUGAUUAUUCUUAA